AGAGGCGGCCAUGUCCAUCCCCACCUCCAGCAGCACCCUGCGGCUGCCUGCCGGCUUCCAAAACCUGCUGGAGGAGCUGGCACUGGAGGUGCUGCGGGUGCAGCCCACCGACGUGGUGGCCUUUGCCGCUCAGCACUUCCAAAGGCUGCUGGAGCAGAGAGAGGAGAGCUCAGCUGACCUGGCGGUGUGGGGAGCCCAGCUGGAGGACAAGCUUCUCUCCCAGCCCCCUUUCCAGGAACCGGAGGAGGACGAGGAGAAGGAGGACAAGGACAAGGAGGAGGAGAAGGCAGGGGAGCAGGCAGGCGGCGGUGCAUCCACGGCCAUGGUAAGGGAGGCAGCACCGAAACAGGGCUAUCUGAGCCCAAACCAGCAUCAGGGGUAGCUGACAGCACCCACCAGCCCCG